AUGGCUGCCGCAGCGGACCUCCCUUCGUCUUCUUCGCCUUUCGAGCAGAAGCCGCUAGCCUUCCAUGGCCCCACCGCUCGUCCCCCUACCACGACGUACAAUGCCGCACUGGCGUCUGUGCUUUCGCUUGCUCUUCCGAGUCGACCUGACUUGGCUCGUCUUCUUUCUUCUCCGCGCCGCGGCGAGGCAUCCAGACGGAGUCGCGAGGGACGAUGUUGCGAGCUCACUGAAGGACACAGAGAGGGUGAACAAGAGGCGAACGGAGACCCGCCAGAGCAGAGCGGCCGCGCUCUCUCUGAGGCGAUAGAGGCCAUUGCUUCACUGCCUUUCCUCCCAGCAGCUGCGCGCGCCAGCGGCCAGGAAGUGGAUGCUGCUGCUUUAGGAGCUGAAGAAGAGGACGAGGACGAGAGAGAGGGAGGAGGCAAGGUCGAGGAGAGGGAGCCGCGACGAAACUCCACGCGUCUGAAAAGCCUGCAGAUUCUGUCAGACGUCUCUUUGCGCCUGAUCGACGGCGACGAAGAGGAAAUCGCCUUCUUCUGGAGUCACCUCUCCGCAGAGGUUUCUCGCGUCCUAGCCACUGACGCGCAUGCAGCCGGCGACAUGCUUCCCGACCUGCCCUCUGCGCUGGCUGCUUCCUCCUCGGUCCCCAGCGUCAGAGACGUUUUGCGAGCAACCUUUCUGCUUUUGAUAAACGAAGGAGAAGGCGAGGAAGGAGAACUCGCCGCACUCCUCUACUUGCGAAUGCUCUUGUGGCCAGGCGCUGCGGGGUUCCACGUCCUGCCUUGGCCGGAAGUUCUUCGUGGAAUUUCGGAGCUCCUCGUGCGGCGCCUUCCUCUUUCACCUUCGACGUUUCCUGCCGAGGAGCCUUCUGUCGACCCUCCAGCUGCUCUCGCAGGCAAGCGCCGACGAGAAGGGCAAAGUGUCUCCGUCACACGACGCAGACCGAGGUCCCAGGCGCGCGCGCGACGCGGUUCCGCCGCCAGCGGAGAUGAGGAAUGCUGUUCCUCCGACGACUCGGCUUCUUCUGUGUCUCCGCGAGGUCGAAAGCCGUCGUCUCGCUUGUCUCCGGCAUCGAACGCAGAGCUCGUUCUGCUGACUUUGGGGGUGUUUCUGAGGUUUCUUCCUCUGCCGGUUUUUCAGAGUCUCGCGGGAAGAGAAUCACUCCGUGUCUGCAUGCGCGUAGUGUUGGAAGGAACUGCGAAAAAAGAAACCGGCCUUUCUCACUCUCACAGACGCUUCUGCAUGCAGCUGCCUCGCUUCGUUCUGUGUCGCGCAAACGAUCUGCGGAACUUCCAGUUGUCUUCUUCUCUCGUGCAUCCUUCUUUUCUUCAUCUUCCUCUCCACGAGAACGGCCCUCUUGUCGACAUUGUCGCUGCGGCUGCAAGCGACGUCUUUGUGCUUCUCCUUCCCCUCAUUCUUCACUCCUCUUCUUCUCUUGCUUCUUCCUCCUCUUCUUCUUCCUCUUCUUCUUCCUCUUCUUCCUCUUCCGCCUCGCGGGAGGCGGCGUUUGACAGUCAGAAGGAGGCGACGCAUGCAGUCUGUCAAAUAAUUCGCGAUGUGCCUGUCUUGCUCUUUCCGGAGCUGGUUUCAGGGAAGGCGUUUCACGCGUUCUGCCGUCAAAGGGACAACGAAUCCUCGGGAGACUCUGCCGCGAAACGCGAAGAGCGAACGUCCGAGAAAGAGGAAACAAACCUCUCACCAAGGCGUUUGUCUGCCGACGAGGACGAUACGUCAGCGCUGCCUCCCCAAGCAGGCGAAGAUGCAGAAGAAGACAACGAACGAAAGGAAGGAGACGAAGACGAAAGUGGAAAGAAGAAGAGACCGGGUGGAGAAGGAGGGAGACCAGACGAGGAGGCGAACAACGGACGACGAGGUGCAAGUGACUCGGUCGUCUCCCUCUUGGCCUCCAUCUGUUACGCGUCUGCGCCUUCGGGAUCCUCUGCAGCGGCCCCCGUCGUUGCGGCGCUUCUCAGCAUUCUUCGAGCUUCUCUCGAAGCAGAAAAGAAAAGCCGACGCAUCCUGUCUUCCCUCUGGACCGCCUCAACCCAAGGUGCCGAAUCGGCAAGCCACUCGCCGUCUUCGGACGACAAAUUCUCCUCUUCCUCUUCUUCUGCAUUUGCUUCUUCCUCUUCGUCUUCCUCAUCGUCUACGUUUUCUUCGCCUGCUUCGUCUGCUGCUUCCUCUGGGGCCUCCUGUGCGUUGUUCGACCGGUUUCUGUCCUCCGUUUUGAUUCCUGCGCUGCGGAGCGAACGCCCGUUCCACCGGCUUUUGGGCGUGGAGCUUCUGCAUGCGCUCGUGAGGGUGGAGGCGAAGCAACUUCAAUCUUCUGGGAUGUCGGGAGGGAGCGAAGACACUGCCGAAGAGGCAGGGGACUGUCGCACUCAGGGCGGCCGAGAGAAAGUCGACGACGAAGAGCUUCUUCUGCUCUCCAUGCUUCUCCAGAAAGAAAAGACAUCGACGGCGGUGGAACUGGUCAACGCGAUAUUGCGACGAGCGAAGGACACUCAAGCCCUUCUCAGGAGUCGGGGGAUUGAGACCCUGAGCCAGUUGAUUUCUCUCAUUUUGGAAGGCUGGAGUUUUCUGCCGUCGUCGUCUCCGCAUGCUUUGUCUCUCCUUCUUCACCCUCGUUUUCUCUCGAAGCUGGUCGCCUCCUGUCUGUCCGACAGCCACAGCGUCGUUCGACAGGCGAUCCUCACUUUCCUUCGUCGUCUUCUUCCACUGCUCCUAUCCCAAGUCCGGACGCGCCCUCGCCUAGGUGCGUGGAUCUCCAAUUUCUUCUUCGCGUCUUUGGAGGCGGAGGCGAGAGUACUCGACUCUUCUCGCCAUUCAAAUGAUCUCCAGGAAAAGCCAGCUUUCUUCAGAGACCCCCUGGUGAUUCACCUUCUCUCCCUCCUCUUUCCUUCCUCUGCGUCUUCUCCUUUUGCGUCUUCGCCUUUUGCCUCUUCUCCUUCAGCGUUGUCUUUGCGUCUGGGUGCAGCGCUGCUCUUCUUCUUCCCGCUGCCAGAGGUCGCUGCGCGGUGUACAGACAGCAGCCUGCUGGUCAGGAGACAAGCUGUCUCGACAGUCCACGCGUGGGUUUGCUGUCUGUUUCGGUUUUUCUCUGCUCUGGCUGUGGCCAGUCGUCGCUGCGAAGAACUGCGAGGCCGCGAAACGCAACAGAGGCUCGCGGAACGCGCUCUGAACGAGGACGCCGAUGCGUUCCCUCACUCGCGCGCCUCCCCCGCCAGGUGUACAUACACCCCCGAGAUGAGGCUCCCACUCACGCAGAACGGCGAAGCGGGCGGGGAGGCUGCGUCGCGCGAUUCGGGUCACUCUCUCGACACUCGUUCGUCCUUCAAGUUUCCUCUUUCAUCGCACAACGAGGUCACUGGUGACCAACACCGAGCAAGCGGCUCAUCUUCGUCCUCUUCUUCUUCCUCUUUUCCAUCUACCUUUUCGCCUUCCGCGUCUUCUCUUGGGUGUGACGACAAGGCGCUGGUGAGAGAAGCGCGGCGCGUCUUUGACGCGUGCCGAAGCGAACUUUCGCGUUUUUGGCGGCAGAGCGUCCUGGCGCAAGUUGCAGGAGACGAAGAAGAGACAGUGCGCGAGAGGGCGGCCGAGGCGGCUGCCUGUCUCCUCCUGUCUUCUCCUUCGCCUUUAGAAGUCGAGGAGCUGUACGGAGGGGAACAGCGGAAGCGCAGACGCUCUUCCUGCGACGAAGGCACACGCGCAGAAGUGAAAAAACGCACAAAGUCGACGGCAAAGGAUCCCGCAGCAGACGACGAAGCAGCCUCCCCGUGUAGCGCUUCGUCGCUGGCCAAGAAGGCAGCGAGCAACGAACACAGGAGCGACCCAAGCGAAAAACUCACGGACAGAAACGACACAGACACCGCAGCAUCAGAUGGCAAGGAACGCGAAAACAGCGAGGAAGAACGCGGGCCAAGAGAAGAAAGAGAAGAGACGAACGGAGAGGGAGAGGAAACACGAAGAGGCCGAGGAAGAGAGAAAAACGCUUGCUUACAAACAGAAGGCGGCGAACAAAUUUUGACAGUGUUUGAUGAGGAAAUCGGGAACGAAUUGUCGCCUUGGCUUGUGGCGCAACAGAUGUUGAAAGAUCCUUCGGAGGAAGAACUUGAAGACAUUCUCAACUUCUACUCCAUCUAUCUUCGGAAGCACGGCGCCUUCCCUCGCAGCUUCAUGUCCAGCUGUCUAGACAGCGCGCGGAAAGCGACAGGACGCAACUCGCUUCCUCCUCCGUCAGUUCUCCUCGCUCUGCAGGCAGUCCUCCUGCGUCGGGCCGAGUGCGCAGCUGUUUCCAGUUCUUCUCUUUUUCCUUCUUUUUCGUCGCCUCGCGUUUCGUCUCCCUCUGAGGAAAACGGACGCGUCAGCGGUUCGUUCGAUACUUCCCAGCGCACAAAGGUCGUCUGCGACAGCCGCGCCUGCGCGCAGGCAGUCUUGUCCCUUUGGCUCCGAAUAUAUGGCGAAUCAGGGCAACGGCAGACCCAGGCGGCCGAGCGGAAUGGCCGCGACGGCGGCGCCACAGGCGCUCUUUGGAGAGAAGAAAAAGGAGAAGAAGAUGAGGGAGAGACAGGAAAGGAGGCUUUUGAAAGGGUGACAAGGAGAUUGUUUCUGGUUCUUGAGGCUGCUGUUCCCCAUUUGGAAGAAGAGGCAAAGGCGCAUGCCGGCGCGCGUCUCUGUCAAAUGCUUUACAAUCUCGAGUUGCCUGUCUCACUGGUUCCCGCGGCAGUGUCUGCUUGCGUCUCCUUGCGUCCGUCGCUUUCUCUCUUGCGAGACUUGAAGGAAAAAGGAGCCUUGACAAGGUCUCCAGAAGCACAGGGUCGCAACUCCGCAGAGGCAGAAGAGACGGCCAACCACGACGGAGACGCAAGCAGCGCUGGCGCAACUGCAGUCGUAUCGGAGCUGCGCCUCGAGCCUCAGAAGAACCGACAGGAAAGUCAAACUCGUCCUCACGUCUCCAGGUGCAGAGAGCGAAAGAUCCUUCUCAGGUCUCCAGAGAGGGAGGCGUCUCCUGAAAAGCUGCUCUGGAUAGACGUCGUCCUCAGUCGCGUCCACGGUCUCCUCAGCCGUCGUCUCGUCCCUGCUCUUCGGCCUUCUGUCGCGACUGUCGGUGCCUGCUCAACACCGGAUGUCCUCAACGGCGAGAAGGACGCAGUGACCGCAGAGAAGACAAGCGCAAGCAGCGCCGCAGGCGAGAGUGGAAGCUCGGCGACCCCGAGGCAAAUCGAGACUGCUCUGGAGCCUGCUGUCACGAGCGCAUGCAAUCCAACAGAAAAGGAACUCGAUCUCGUCGGCAGGUGUAUCGUGACGGCUGGUGAGCUGUCUCUUCUCCGAGACGUCUCGACUUCCUCACUUCCUGUGCUGCUGCAAGGAAUAGUUGAAGAUCGCCUCGUUUUGGUUCUCUCUGCUGCCCGAGAAGCAACGCAAAGCGCAGACGAGGUAGACGAAGAUAUGACAGGAGUUACACAACUUUUCGCCGUCUCUUCUCUCCAGCUUGAGUCUUUAAAGACGACGGAACCUUCCUCUACUACCUCUUCUCUCGUUUCUUCCUUUUCAUCUUCCUCGCCGUCUUCCUCUUCUUGCGCCGGUUCGUCGUCGUCUUCUUCUCUCUCCUCUUCGUCUUCGUCUUCCUUUUUAGCAAUGCCGCUGCGACUCCGCGCGCUGGCUGUCCAGGCCUUCGGCAAGGUUGCGCUUUCUCGGAGCAGCUUCCCUUCCAGCACUGCAGGCAGCGGCGCGUCUUCGUCGCUUUCUUCUUCUCCGCUGUCUGUUUCUCUCUCUUCUUCGAGUUCGGCAGUCGUCGGAGUGGAGCAGAAGCGCGAAGGCAACCAACAGAGAGACGGAGACGAGUUCUGCGUUGUCCGCGCGUUGUCGGGACUCCUAAACGAGGACGAACAUCCUAUCCUCCGCAUCGGCGCCCUGGCCGUCCUCUCCGACUUGAUUCAGAGACAGUCUGGAAUUGCAGACAGAUCUCUCCCGCGCAUUGUCGCCGCUCUCGCAUCUCAUGGGCGAGCAACGGAGAGAGGAACGGCAGCCACGGAAGACGUUCAAGAAGCGGAAGACGAAACGACGCUCCUUGCGCCUCUGCGGAAAGUCGCCUUCACUUGUCUCGCGACCCUCGUCUCCGAGGAAUUCGUCAAGUUCAAAGGACAUGCCGUCCAAGGAAUGGUCUACGCGCUAGGAGACCCGCACCCCGACAUCCGAGAAGCCGCAGAGGCGGUCUUCCUCAGAGUCAUUCUUCCCCGCUAUGAAGCAAAGUUGCCAGUUCUCUUCGUCGAGUGUCUGAUCUCCUUCAACGGCUUCUACACCCAUCCGGCCUUUGCUGGAAAAGCAGCGCUUCGAGCCCUCUGCUGUCGCGCCGAUCGCGAGAGAAAAUCCAGGAUCUAUCGCUUCGUCUUAGAUCGCGUCUCGUCGCUCACGAAGCACCGAAUUCAGCAGCGCCUCGUCUCUUCCGUCCUCGCUGCCUGGAUCGACGACCAGCCACAGCUGGCUUCGGUCCCCAGCUCUUCGUCCUUUGUGUCUUCUUCUUCCUCUGUUUCGUCCUCUUCUCCCUCGUCUUCGUUGUCUCCCUCUGCUGCUUUGUCUCUGCCUGUUCGCUUUGAGGACGCAGACGGUGCACUGCUGUCUGACGCGCUGCGCCUGCUCGCCUGUUCCGCGCUGCGAGUGCGAGUGAAGAAAUCCGACAAGAGUCUCGUGGUUGACGAGGAGAGCGAGGAAGGGCGUCCUGGGGAAGGAAAGAAAACGACGAAAGGAAAGCCGAAAGCGGCCGAAGGCGAAGGCUCUUCGGUCGUCGAGCUACUCGACCUCAUGGUCAAGAAGUUGUUGCAGACCGAGGUGGUUCCCGUGCUUCGUUCCUUGGAUGUUUUAAUGCGAGCAAAUCUUUCGCCGUUUCAAGAGGAGCUGCUCACUGCGUUUUGUGAAGUCUUGCGCGAUUACUGGGAUGAACUUGAAGAGAUGGUAGGAGAAGCGAGUCUCGCGAAGGAACUGAGACAUUUUGCACAGAUGCGAAUGGUGGAUGUUUCGUGUCCACAGCGGGCGGCUGUGCAAGGUGUCUUGGCCUUUGAAGACUGUGGAAAGCCGACGGCGGAUUCUUUGUAGGCAUUCCGGGAGUGCUCUGUGCGACGCUGGAGCAUCAGGAAACUCUUUGGGAGGAUGCGCCCACAAAACGCAAAACAUUGUCAGCUUUUCUGGGGGAUGUUCUCGGGAGAAGCGCCUCAUGUGCGCUCCUGCUGCGACCGUGAAUGCAGUAGAGGGCUGUUUGUGUACCAGAGUUGUCAGAGCGGUCAUUCAGCAGUUGAUUCAUAUCUGGUGAACCUGUUCAAAUUGUUUUUUCUCCGC